GAUGAAAAGGCAUUUGUCUGCGAACGAAACCCAAACCCAAACCCUAACCCUAAACCUAACCUUCGCCUCCGGAAUCAAUCUCUCCCUCUUCUAUCGAUUAAAUUAUCAAGCAAUCAAUGGCGAGGAAGCGAAAGCACGACUCCAAAACCACUGAACCAACUGAACCCCCACAAAAACAACUUCAACAAGAGCCAUCAAAACAAGAACAACAAACUGCUGCUGAAGAGCCUGAACCAGAAAAGAAUGAAGACGUCGAAUACGAAGAAGUUGAAGAGGUAGAAAAGGAAGAGGAAGAGGAAGAGGAAGAGGAAGAGGAAGAAGAAGGAGAAGGAGAAGAGGAGGAGGAAGAAGAAGAAAAUGAUGACGAAAAUCAGGAGACAGCAAACACCUCAGGAGCAGAUCAAGACGACGACGAGGACGAGGAGGAGCCGAUAGAGAAGCUUCUAGAACCGUUUAGCAAGGACCAGCUUGUAAAUCUGCUACGUGAAGCAGCUGAAAAGAAUAGUGACGUGGCAAAUCGGAUUCGCGAAGUAGCUGAUGAAGAUCCAGCUCACCGGAAGAUAUUUGUGCACGGUCUUGGUUGGGACACUAAGGCCGAGACUUUAAUUGAUGCGUUUAAACAGUACGGUGAGAUUGAGGAUUGCAAAGCUGUUGUUGAUAAGGUCUCUGGGAAAUCCAAGGGUUAUGGUUUCAUUCUGUUUAAGACGCGAAGUGGGGCACGUAAGGCACUUAAGGAGCCACAAAAGAAGAUUGGAAGUCGGAUGACGUCUUGCCAGCUGGCCUCUGUUGGCCCUGUGGCAACUCCUUCUGCUACCAAUAUAACGCAGCAUCAUCAUCAACAGCAGCAGCCGCAAACAGUAUCGGAGUACACUCAAAGGAAGAUUUUUGUUAGCAAUGUUUCCGCGGAAUUGGAUCCACAGAAGUUGCUCGAGUUUUUCUCUAAGUUUGGGGAGAUUGAGGAAGGACCGCUGGGCCUGGAUAAGGUCACCGGAAAGCCUAAAGGGUUCUGUUUGUUUGUUUAUAGGACGGUUGAAGCUGCCAAGAAGGCUUUGGAAGAGCCGCACAAGAAUUAUGAAGGCCAUGUUUUGCAUUGCCAGAAGGCUGUUGAUGGACCGAAACCAGGAAAAUCACAGCACCGCCAUCACCAGAAUGCACAGAAUUCACAUUUUCAGAGGAAUGACAAUGCGGGAUAUGUUGGUGCAGCAGCACGACCUGGCCACUUGAUGGCACCGUCUGGACCUGGAGUUGGUGCUGCAGCUGCACAGGCAUUGAACCCAGCUAUUGGGCAGGCAUUGACAGCUAUACUGGCUACUCAAGGUGCUGGAUUGGGGAUCAACCCGGCACUCGGGCAAGCUUUACUGGGACUGGGCUCUGCUGCUGGUGCGGGUGCUGGAAUGCAGGGUGGCUAUCCAAAUCAGGCAGUGAGUCCCGGUGUCAUGACAGGGUAUGGGAACCAGGGUGGCUAUCCAAAUCAGCAGAUGGCACAAGGUGGGUCUGGAAGAGGGCAGCAUGGUGUCAACCAGUAUGGUGGCGCCCCAUACAUGGGUCACUAGGUGUUCCUCAGAUCCCACAUAGGUGCAUCAGUAUUUUAUUACUGGCCUGGUGAUUCUUCUGAAGUUUAAGGAGCUGAUGCAAAUGAAGUCUAAUAUUUGUGAUGAAUGUUACUAUUUGGCUACUACAAAGACCAGAAUCUUAAAACUGUCAAAUGGAGUCUUAUGUCUUCUGUAUUGUUUUUGUCCUUUUUUUUUCUCCUGCUCCCUCUCUUCCUUUUUUUUAAUGUUUUUCUGUUGUAGUUUUUGACAUCUUUAUUUAGUUAAACGCUUUGCGAACAAUUAAAGUACUUUCAAUAACAUAGCUAUGUACUUUAUUAAGUUUGCGAGGUUGAACAAAAGAUUCCUUUCUAAAUUUCAGUUGAUGUGGAUUAAAUAGUGCUUGCAAUUGGUCUU